AUGGAGAGGGGAAAGAUGGCGGAGGCGGAGAGCCUGGAGACAGCGGCGGAACACGAGCGGAUCCUGCGAGAGAUCGAGAGCACCGACACGGCCUGCAUCGGGCCCACGCUCAGGUCUGUCUAUGAUGGUGAGGAACAUGGACGAUUCAUGGAGAAGCUUGAAACUCGCAUCCGCAAUCAUGACCGAGAAAUUGAGAAAAUGUGCAACUUUCACUACCAGGGUUUUGUGGACUCUAUUACUGAACUGCUGAAAGUGAGAGGAGAAGCCCAAAAACUCAAAAAUCAAGUGACGGACACUAAUAGAAAACUACAACAUGAGGGAAAGGAACUGGUAAUAGCAAUGGAAGAGCUGAAGCAGUGUCGACUACAACAGAGAAAUAUUUCUGCCACUGUUGAUAAAUUAAUGCUGUGUCUUCCAGUUCUGGAGAUGUAUAGCAAACUGAGGGACCAGAUGAAAACUAAAAGGCAUUACCCUGCACUGAAAACUCUGGAACAUCUAGAGCAUACCUAUCUGCCUCAAGUGAGCCACUAUCGAUUCUGCAAGGUGAUGGUGGAUAAUAUCCCUAAGCUUCGCGAAGAAAUUAAGGAUGUCUCUAUGUCUGAUCUCAAAGACUUUCUGGAGAGUAUCCGCAAACAUUCAGACAAAAUUGGAGAGACUGCCAUGAAACAAGCCCAGCAACAAAGAAACCUGGAUAACAUCGUCUUGCAACAACCCAGAAUAGGUAGCAAGAGAAAAGCUAAGAAAGAUGUAUAUACAAUUUUUGAUACGGAGAUAGAAAGCACCAGCCCCAAGUCUGAACAGGAUUCAGGAAUUCUGGAUGUUGAAGAUGAAGAAGAUGAAGAAGAGGUACCUGGGACCCAAGAUUUGGUGGAUUUCUCUCCUGUUUAUCGAUGUCUACACAUAUAUUCUGUCCUGGGUGCCCGGGAAACAUUUGAGAACUAUUACCGAAAACAGAGGCGAAAACAGGCCCGUUUGGUGCUCCAGCCUCCAUCUAACAUGCAUGAAACUUUAGAUGGCUACAGGAAGUAUUUUAAUCAAAUUGUAGGCUUUUUUGUGGUUGAAGAUCAUAUUUUACAUACGACCCAGGGCUUAGUAAAUAGAGCCUACAUUGACGAACUAUGGGAAAUGGCGCUUUCCAAAACCAUUGCCGCACUCCGUACCCACUCGUCUUACUGCUCUGAUCCAAACCUCGUAUUAGAUUUGAAGAACCUCAUUGUGCUUUUUGCUGAUACACUUCAGGUUUAUGGUUUUCCUGUAAAUCAGCUUUUUGACAUGCUAUUAGAAGUUAGAGAUCAAUAUAGUGAAACUUUGCUAAAGAAGUGGGCAGGUAUUUUCAGAAACAUACUUGAUUCUGACAACUAUAGUCCUAUACCAGUAACAAGUGAAGAGAUGUAUAAAAAGGUGGUCGGACAAUUCCCAUUCCAAGAUAUAGAGCUGGAAAAGCAACCAUUUCCAAAAAAGUUUCCUUUCUCUGAAUUUGUGCCAAAAGUUUACAGCCAAAUUAAAGAAUUUAUUUACGCCUGUCUGAAGUUUUCAGAAGAUCUUCAUCUAAGCACAACUGAAAUUGAUGACAUGAUUAGAAAAUCUACAAACCUGUUGCUGACCAGGACUCUGAGUAACUCUCUGCAGAAUGUCAUUAAAAGGAAAAAUAUUGGACUAACUGAGCUUGUCCAGAUUAUUAUCAAUACAACACACUUGGAGAAAUCCUGUAAGUUCUUGGAAGAAUUCAUCACCAAUAUCACUAAUGUGCUUCCAGAGACAGUCCAUACCAGCAAGCUGUAUGGCACCACGACUUUUAAGGAUGCCAGACAUGCAGCUGAAGAAGAGAUUUAUACCAACUUAAAUCAGAAGAUUGACCAGUUUCUCCAGCUGGCCGACUAUGAUUGGAUGACAGGAGAUUUGGGAAACAAAGCUAGUGACUACCUAGUAGACCUCAUUGCCUUUCUACGUAGCACCUUUGCUGUAUUCACACACCUGCCUGGAAAAGUGGCUCAAACAGCGUGUAUGUCAGCUUGCAAGCAUUUAGCCACAUCCUUGAUGCAACUUUUGCUGGAAGCUGAAGUGAGGCAGCUCACCUUGGGAGCAUUACAGCAGUUCAACUUGGAUGUCAGAGAAUGUGAACAGUUUGCCAGAUCCGGCCCGGUGCCUGGGUUCCAGGAGGACACGCUGCAGUUGGCCUUCAUCGACUUGAGACAACUUUUGGAUCUCUUCAUCCAGUGGGAUUGGUCAACCUACCUUGCCGACUAUGGUCAGCCCAACUGCAAGUACCUCCGUGUAAACCCAGUGACAGCUCUGACCCUGCUCGAGAAGAUGAAGGACACGAGCCGCAAGAACAACAUGUUUGCACAGUUCCGUAAAAACGAGCGAGACAAGCAGAAGUUGAUUGACACCGUGGCCAAGCAGCUCCGCGGGCUCAUCAGCAGCCACCACUCGUGA